AUUGUGCAAUGCUGUUUAACAGAGGAAAAAGAGAAAGUGGGUACUAUAGAAUUAAACCACAACAGGACAGAGAACCUUUUCUUGUGUACUGUGAUAUGUCAGAUGGAGGCGGGUGGACGGUAAUUCAACGGCGGUGCAAUGGCAAAGAAAAUUUCUACCGAGAAUGGCUCGAUUACAAAGAAGGUUUUGGGCAAUUACAGGGCAAGGAUGAUGAAUAUUGGCUUGGUAAUGAUAAGAUUUAUGAUCUCCUUUUCAAUGGAGGAAUUUCACUGAAAAUUGAUCUAAUGGACUGGCAAGGAGAGAGGCGAUAUGCAAUUUAUGAUGAUUUCCAGAUCAAGAAUGAGACAAACAAUUACAGGCUGUGGUUUGGCAUUUAUUCUGGGACUGCUGGGAAUGCUUUGUCUGGGGGGAGCAGCUUUGAGAGCCAGUGGUCUGGAUCACUCAACGGCAUGCCCUUCUCUGCUCCUGACCGGGACCAUGACAGGUUCCUAACGGGCAACUGCGCAGAAGAGAACAAAUGUGGCUGGUGGUUUAACAG